GUAAGGAAAUGUUUGCCCAUACGGUCAUACUAAGCCACACAGGGAGCUGGGUGCAAAAUUUUUGCAAUUUCGGAUCGCUGGAAAUACGAUCUCCAUCAGUCACAGACUGUAAGUUACCCAGUCAAGAUGACGGCAGGCAAGCACUGGUCCUACGACAUCCUCAAACAGAUCGUCAUCGAUGAAUGCCCCGAGGAUGUGGAGCAGUUGAAACUAAUAUUUGCCAAUGAGAUUGGUUCGCAACGCAGAUUGGAUUGCAUACACUCCAUUCAAGAUCUAAUUGACUGUCUGGAACGGGCGGACGAACUGGCCGAGGACAAUGUGGAGCCACUAAGCCGGAUGUCGGGCAAUAUUCCGCAGUUCAUCGAGGCACUGAAUGGCUACACACCGCCGGAAAACUUCCGUGCACAUCCGGUGAAUCAGUACCAGGAACUCCGAUUGGCCGAAGAACUGCGCCAGCAACUCCGGAUUGCUCCAGCAUCACAGGGUGCUCAUCCAUCAGUUUCGGCAGUAGCUGCCGCUGGGCCCCCAUCAGCAAUCCAAAACUAUACCACCCCAGCUGCUUUAACGGAUCGCAAACGCACGGCGGUCUUUAAGAAAAUAUCCGAGGAACUGGGACGCUACUGGCGACGACUGGGCCGAUCGGCGGGCAUUGGCGAGGGCCACAUGGACACCAUCGAGGAGCGCUUCCCGCACGAUCUGAAGUCGCAGAUACUGCGACUGCUGCAGCUCAUCGAAGAGGACGAUUGCCACGAUCCCAAGCACUUUCUGGUUCGUCUGUGUCGGGCUUUGGGCGAUUGUGGUCGCAAUGAUCUGCGUAAGAACGUGGAGCAGAUAAUGUCAUACUAGAACGCAUUCCGGUGUGCCGUAAAUUAAAUACUACACGAGAAUUUUCA